UUUCUUUCUCACGUAGAUUGGGUUUUGGGAGCGAGCGAGCGACGAGCGAGCGACGAGCGAGCAGGCGAGUUGAAACCAAAACAAUGAACUUGACCCCGGCUUACAGUAACGGCUACCACAACCAGCAGCAACAACAGCCACAGGGGAUGAGCCAGAGGGAUAGAGUCCGCCGGGGAACACGUGCCAGGUCACGUGAGCUCAGAGACAACUUCGGCAGUGGUGGUAAUUUUGGCGGGCUUAGGGUUUCUGAGCCCAAUAAGCAGCAACAGCAGGGAGUGCCUUCUACGGACUUCGACAUGGCCUAUUUCCACACUUACGCGCACGUCGACAUCCACGAAGAAAUGAUCAAGGUGCAUUAUCCUGCACAAUAUGAACCUGUGUAAAUGAUUUGGCCGUAACAUCAUUAUGUGUUGUCUAAGGUUCCCUUUGUAUUUUCAAAUUUCAAGGAUCGUGUGCGCACUGAAUCUUAUAGGGUGGCAAUCAUGCAGCACCAGAGUUCUAUAGCAGGCAAAGUUGUAGUGGAUAUUGGCUGUGGCACAGGCAUUCUUUCUAUAUUCUGUGCUCAGGCUGGUGCAAAACGUGUAAGCUGUUUUUUCAGUGAUAUUUUAUAAAUUUGCAUAUAAGAUAUUGAACAAAUUGUAUGUUUUUAGCUGCAAUAAUUAUCCUUUUGACAUGGGGAAAAGUGUUCUUUGGAAGGAUGGUCUGCAUUUUAUUUAACUGCAGGUUUAUGUAGUGUCAAAUCACUACUUCCAUCUAAUGAUUCAAAAUAUGACGCAGCCAUCUUUGCUCGUUCUCUUCAGUGUGAUAUCUGAUGAAUAAAAUUGGACAUUCCUCCCCUGAUUUUAUUGUUUGUAGUUUGGUUAAGUUACUUCUAUGUUGUGUCCCAUCCUGGUGUUAUUUUACAUUCUGUAUUGCAUAUUCUUGUGUGUUUUGUUACAACCUACCAGGUAUAUGCAGUUGAUGCAAGUGACAUUGCAGUGCAGGUAAGUUCUUGUAGUAAUGCUGAUUACUUUAUCUGCAUGUGAUUUAAUUCUGUAUUCAUUCUUCUCAGUGUCUUUGCUUGAAUGUAAAAUGUCUCAUUCCCCUUAAGCUAUGAUUCAGGAAGUAGCUGAGUAAAAAUUACCCUUGUGUAUCUGUAGCUUGAACUUUUGUGCAUGAUGUAUCUGGAAAAAAAAAAGUUCAUUCUCAUGAAGAUGAAAUAUGUAAGAAGUGAAGCUUAGGAUUGGGUUUGUAAUUUUGAUUAAUCUUGUUCAUUUUUAAGCAGGCAAAUGAAGUUGUGAAAGCAAACAAUCUAUCCGAAACCAUCAUCAUACUACAUGGGUGAGUUGAGGAUGUCAAUAUUGACGGGGAGGUUGAUGUUAUAAUUUCAGAAUGGAUGGGCUACAUGCUUCUGUAUGAGGUAGCUGUUAACAUAUCUGUAUUCAUGAUUGUAUAGUUAAAUAUUGUAUUUAGAAUUGUACCUCAGAAUACUUAUACUCGUGCUGUUUUAUUGUUUGCAGCUUUAUGAUAUAUCCAUUUCUUUUGUUGGCAUGCUUGCUUUUUUUGUUUUUUAUUGUAGAGUAUCCCGGGAAGUGUGAUCACAGCAAGAGAUUGCUGGCUAAAACCCGGAGGUCUAAUACUUCCUUCAAGUGCGACAGUAUCGUUUCUUUUUGUUUUUCUGUCUUUCAGUUACUGUCACAUCUGUAUCUUUAAUUCUGAAAUCUGUUACUCUGGUGCUGGCUUCAUAUCAUUGAAUUGUCUGUCAUGCCAUAUUUAUUAUGUGCCAGCUACAUAUGUUGCCAACUUGAGUGUUAUCAAUUUGUGUGGUGGGGAUGUAGCGUUAUCAAGCUCAAGUUUGUACAAUGUAGCAGCUGUUGAUGAAUGAAUUUGUUUCUGUCGUGCUGAUUUUUAGGUUGUAUGAUUGCAGUUGUACAUGGCACCCAUCACACAUUCUAAUGGAUACAGUGAAUGCAUAGAUUUCUGGCGCAAUGUUUAUGGAAUUGACAUGUCUGCCAUGUUGCCAUUGGCAAAACAGUGUGCGUUUGAAGAGCCAUCUGUUGAGACGAUUGUGGGUGAGAAUGUUUUGACAUGGCCACAUGUGGUACUGUGGUAGAAGUCAUCAAUUCUCAAUGCAUGCUUUCUUAUCCUGGUGAAUAUGCUUCAUUCGAACAGCUUCUUAGAUGUCUGUUUUGGGAAGUUGAGGUCAUUAAAGAGGUGCUUGAGGUUAAGCAUGUGGACUGCCAUACAGUUAUGCAUCAUGAGUUAGAAUCUGUUACGACAAACUACAAGUUCAAAUCAAUGAUGCGAGCUCCACUUCAUGGGUUUGCAUUUUGGUCUGAUGUCGAAUUCUGUGGACCUACAUUAGCUCCUACAAAUAAUCAGGCUCCAUCCUUGCUUAUAAACAAUCUUCCAGUGGAGGGUCAGCAGAGGAAGAAACAAGCAAAUCCCAAUGAAGCGUUGGUGCUGUCCACCGCACCUGAGGACCCUCCAACUCAUUGGCAACAGCAGAGGCAGAGCUCAUCGCGCGAUUCUAAUGAAAACAUUGAUGGAUCAAAGGGAGGAGGCGUUGAGCUAUGGUGGGGUUGUACUGAGAAGGUCUGACUUGGAUCUGCUUAAAGGCCCGCAUUUUUUGAAUGAUUGCCUCAUUGAAUUCUACUUCAACUAUCUUUCCAAUAAUUCCCACCACCAGUUAGGCGAUGAUAAGCAUCACUCAUCCUUGUCGAAAGAUGACAUCCUUCUGGUUCCGCCUACGCUGUCAUUUUGGCUGGCAAAUUCCGAGGAUUCCGAGAGUUUGAAGGAGUUUGAGGAGUCUAAUGAGGUGCUCAAAAAGCAAGUUGUCAUCUUCACGGUCAAUAACAAUCGGAACGUGGGAGAGAAUGACGGCGGAACUCACUGGAGCUUGCUGGUAUUUUACAGAAAAUCAAACACAUUUGUGCAUUACGACAGCUUGGGGAGUAUGAAUCGUUCUGAUGCCUGGAAACUCUAUAAAGCAGUUAAGAAACAUGUUGGAAUGAUUGAAACACCAGAUAGCGCCUCUGCCUCUGCCUCGGCCUCUUCUGCUUCCACUACUAUUACUAGCGAAGAUCAUCCAUCAUCUACCAGUAGUUCUAGUACCACUAGUCCACCCCCAAAAAUGGACAGCUGCUGCAUGAGAUUUAGAGAUGAGAGUAAAGGUAGUAAGAGGGCUAGGAUGCUGAUGAUGCACAGGUAUCCAUAUUAUCAUUACAAUCGUUGGUUUACCCCUCCCCCUCCUCCGCCUCCUCCAGCAGGCCACAGUGACGAUGAAAUGGAACCAACAGAUGCCGAUGACAAAAAGAAACCAGCAGACGACAAGGCGCUAGGCGAUGAUGAAAUGAGGCCAGCAGAUGACGAUUACAAAAAGAAGCCAGAAGAAGACAAUGGCGAUGAUGAAAUGCGACCAGCAGACGACGAUGACACAAAGAAGCCAGCAGAAGACAAUGGCGAUGAUGAAAUGAGAUCAGCAAACGAGAAUGACAAAAAGAAGCCACCAGACGACAAUGACGAUGAUGAGCAAAUGUUCCACAACCCUUGGGGGUUAAAUAAUGAUGACUACCCUUGGGGGUUACAUCAUGAUGAAAUGUUUCACCACUACCCUUAUCGUUGGGUACACCAUGAUCAUCAUCUUGACUACUACAGUCGUCGUCAACUCUACUUGAACCAUCAUGGCGCACAUACUAAUGAUGACUCGUCAUCAUCGUCUAGGUCUAGAUGGGGGGUUGAUAAUAUGAAUGAUGACCCUUGUUUUAAACAAUUGCCAACGCCACGGCAGACCAACUACUAUGAUUGUGGUUUAUAUGUCAUGGCCGUUGCUAGAGUCAUCUGCCAAUGGUACUAUUGUGCCGCCGCUGCCUCCUCCUCUAGCCCUACUACUGCUAGUACUAGUACUACUAGCAGUAACAGUGCAGAUGAAGAAGAUAAGGUUGUUGUUGAUGACAAGGGUAGUGCAGAUGAUCAGAUACAAAGAAAUGAUGACGGUGAUCGAUUUCCAGAUAUCAUGAAGCAUAUUGAUACUUCUUUGGAAUCCACGAUGCGUUCUGAGCUGCUGGCCCUCAUUCAACAACUCACUUGCCAUUCUACUGGUUUUGAAGAUUUUGAUCAUCAACCCCAGCCUCAGCCGAACCCGAGCCCAAAUCCCGGCAGCCCCAGCCGGAGCCCGAGCCCAAGUCCCAGCAGGCCCAGCCCAAACCAAUCAUCAAAGAGCUAGAAAACUGAUUAAAGCGAGAAAGCGCGACGCUGAUCUUAAUUUAUUCGAUAUAGUUCCGAAAAGGAUAUUUUUUAAUUUAUUUUAUUCCCACAGCACUUAGUAGCUAGCACUGAAACUUUGUUGGUUUUCUUUCUCAGUUCCAACAACCAACCAGCUGUUUAAUUUGAUGCAUAUAUAAUUAAGCUUAUAAAAAAUCUCUGUCGACAAGCUACCCUAGCUGGAUUUGACUCAUUAAUUGUUAAUAUACAGGAAUUACAUGAUCA